ACUCAGCCUCUAAUUACAAGUAGCCUUUUGGAAGAGAAGAUCAAACAGAUUUUUUGUUUAUUUUAUUAUUAUUUUUUAAUGUGGGGACCAGAAGGAACACGCAGACUUUGUUUUGGAACUUUGUUCUCGGGACGGAUUAUGUGAUCAAAAGAGAAGAAUAAUUGAAUUUGUGUGACAUCAGCCCAGGGCUUAACACUUUUACAUUUUUCUUACAGUGAAAAACAUUAGGAGUGAUAGCAGUUCUAUAGUGUUGAAUACAAUGAACAGCCUUGCUUGCUGGAACGGUUACACACUCCAGCAGCUCCCGGCUAACUCAGGGUUCCCUCCGCCCACCCUGGUGCUCACCUGUCCAUUGGUCAUCAUUCAGGUGUGAAGGCAGGAAGAACAUUUAUCAGGCCCUGAGCAGAUUUAGCCUACAGGAAUUCUCAGGUGAGAACGAUUGUUAGCAUUUCCAGGGAUUUAAACAGUCAGGAAAAUAGCAGCACUCAUCACUUCAAGGCUUGUCGCAAUGUGCUGCAGCGUUUUAAUUACCGUGCCACAAGAAAGAGUGCAGUAGAGGGUGCUUAGUAGGAUUUUGCUGAAUAAAUAGAUGAGUGACUUGUAUUGCUGCGACAAAAGGGAAAAUGAUUUCAGAAGUUGGGAUCUCCCUGUUCUGGGUUUCUAAGCUGAUGAGAUCCCCAUGCCCUCCAACCCAAGUGGGUUUGCUGCUGUGUGGCCAGUCCAGAGAGGGUUGACUGUGUCCUCAUGUAUGUCUGUGAGGAAACUUGUCGUUCCCAAGAAGUGCCGGCCAUUCCCAUAUUCAUAAGGGUUAGGUUCCCCAACAAGCCCUAGAGAGAAGGACUUCAUCCACUCCCUGGAACUCAGGGCCCAUGAGUAGACCGAAAACCCCAUCCUUCACCAGUGGGCGCCGUCUCCACAGGGGGAGAGACACAGAAGGGCUCCGGGAGUCUGCAGUGAAAUCUUAUCCUGAAGAAUUUCCCCGUCUUGACAUGGCUGGUCGUGACUUGUUCUGAAAGUGGCAGCUUGCAACAAUUCCUUUUCCCUGGCAGCUUCCCACAUUCCAUGCUGCAGGAGCAAGCUGCACGUCUGAUUCUGCAGCAUCAACAUGAUGCCUGGCAUUUUCCUUGGGCCGGCUGUGCUUGCUUUGUGAGCACACGGGAACCAAGGGAGGCAGGGUGAGGUUCAGGGCCACGCAUUAGAGCCAGGCAGCCCCAGAAACCUGCAAGACUUCAGUGCUCCUUUUUCUCCACAAGUCCAGUCUGUGGACCAGGGACCCCUUUGCUGUUGAUUGACAGACCUCCUUUAAACUUAGGUAACAGCAUUUACCUCUCUCCUGAAUGGAGGGGACAGCCUUGGAAUUCAGGCAUAGAAUGUUUCCUUUGUGCAUCCUAGCUCUCAGGGAUAGAAAGGAGGUGUUUCAGAUCCCAUCUCCAUAUCCUGAACAGUAAGGCAUUUUUCAUGUUCAUCCUCCACACGUGUCAUAAAGGUGUUGCGAUGUCUGGACUGUUGACUUGCCCACGGAAAAGGCAUAGCACAUGGAAAUCAGGUCAUUCUCUUGCGGUGCGUAAAGAAUGCAUUGCAAAGAAAGGGAUUAACCUAUUUUUUUUUUAACGGCACCCCCUGGAAUAGAAAUCCUCAAACUUUUUGUUGUCUUAAGGAACUUGUGUGGUCCCUGGGAAGCUUGUUAAAAUGCAGGUUCCCAGGCUUACCUGGUAGAGUCUCAAGAAAUGAGUGGGGCCUGGAGCCUGGGGUCUGCAGGUGUGCCCAGCUGAUCCCACUGCCUGGAGAGGCUUGGUAUGAGCGCCUUUAUACCAGGCCCUCAUGCCCCUUCCCCAGGCCCAGGGGUUUGGCAUAGAUGCCCCCAGAGCACACCGUGAGCAAGGCCGCCUGGAGUUAGCCUGAACGCUUGCAGAGGGCCGCCUGGAGUUAGCCUGAACGCUUGCAGGGGGCCGCCUGGAGUUAGCCUGAACGCUUGCAGGGGGCCGCCUGGAGUUAGCCUGAACGCUUGCAGGGGGCCGCCUGGAGUUAGCCUGAACGCUUGCAGGGGGAAGUGAAGCACGGCCAUCCAGGGCUUGCUUGCUGCUGUGGAGUGAGUUGGUCCAAUCAUGGACAUGCGUGGAGAUCACGCUCUAGGGCUGGCCUUGCAGUGGACUCUCCUCCUUCCUGGCCACAUAUAUUUUGUGACUAUGAGCACAAUGUCUGACCCUAAGAAAGAGUUAAUGAAAACCACAGUCAAACAAACCCCAAGUUCGGGACAGCGGUCGGGGUUAGGGACAGUGGUCAGGGUUACAAGCACGGCGUAAAUCCUGAAUGGUGGAGUCCUGCAGACGUAGACGGGACCUGAGGACGUAAUAAAUAACCUGUGAGUGCCUGAGAGCUCUGUGUGUCCUGCAGCCCCUCGACCAUUAAUCAGAAACCAGCAACUGAAGGCCUGGCUGGCCAAACAUUAAUCACAAAGCAAUUAACCCGGCACAGACACGGGGGUGGGAACGGGGCUGGGGGAGGAGGACAAAGCUGGCUGGGGUGCAGGGGCUUCCCUCCUUCAGAAGAAGGAGAGUGUGAUUUGGAAGAGGACGGGGCACUUAGAUCCUUUUAAACGUUGAGGUGUGGCCUCACAAAGGAACUUAAUUUUCUGUCAGUACCAUGGGUUUUGUUUUACACCAGGAAAAAGAAAAAUCCUGUGCUUCCCGGCUGAGACAACAGGACAUCGGCCUGAAGACCCACCUGGACCAGCUGGACCUGCAGAUUAGCAAGCUGCAGCUGGAUGUGGGCACAGCCUCAGGGGAGGCCCUGGACAGCGACAGCAGGCCCAGCUCAGGCUUUUACGAGAUGAGCGAUGGUGGAUCCUGCUCCCUGUCCACGUCCUGUGCCUCCGUCUGCAGUGACCGCAUCUCUCCCUCGCUGGGCAGUUUGUUGCCUGUGGCCCAGGCCCACAAGGCCAGGCCCAGCAUGGGGGACUGGAGGCCCCGGUCGGUUGAUGAGACUACUGUGCCAGCGUGGAGACCCCAGGCUACUGAGGAGGGCGCCAGGCCCCCGGGGAGCGUGGAGGAUGCAGGCCAGCCGUGGGGCACAUUCUGGCCCAGGCCUGUAUCUACAGGUGAUCUUGACAGAGCCCUGCCGGUGGACACGGGGCUCCAGAAAGCCAGCACGGACGCCGAGCUCCUCGGUCUCCUCUGCCAGGGGGUGGACAUCCCACUGCACGUGCCGGACCCCAAGUAUCGGCAGGACCUGGUGUCCCAGGGCGGCAGGGAGGUGUACCCGUACCCCAGCCCCCUGCACGCCGUGGCUCUACAGAGCCCCCUGUUUGUCCUGACUAAGGAAACCCCACAGAGAGGUGGCCCCUCGUUCCCUAGGGAGAGCCCCAUGGGCCCCGCAGGUCUGAACACCAUCCAGACUGGGCCGGUCCUCGAGGCUGGCCCGGCCAGGGCCAGAGCUUAUAUCGACAGGUUGCUGCAUCUGUGGGGCCGGGAGACCCCAGCGAAGGGUAGCGGGGAAGAACAGGGACCUCUAAGGCAUGCAGCGUCCCCAUCUCCACAGAGGCAGGGUGGCUGGAGUACAGACGGUGGAGGGCGACUGCUGGUCUUCGCCCCAGGGAGGGAGGACGAGGGAGGGCCAGCUCAGAGCAGGGGUGCCGGCAGGGGCGGGCCCCAGCAGCAGCGAUACAUGCCCCUUGAGGGUCCCCAGCAGUCUGGCAGCCUUCCAGAGGAGGGCUCCAAGCCCUCAAACAGCUGCGUCCUCAGGGAGACCAUGGUGCAGGCUUCUCCCAGCUCGAAGGCCCAGCAGACACCCUCAGCUCAGGACUAUGGACGAGGCAACAUCAUAUCCCCAUCCAGGAUGCUGGACAAGAGCCCCUCACCGGCCUCUGGGCACUUUGCCCACCCAUCCUUUGCUGCCAGCCUGAAAAUGGGUCCCCCCAAGAGCAAGGCUGAAAAAAUCAAGAGAAGUCCCAUGGACAAGGUGCUGAGGUUUGCAAGGCAGCCGCUGCUUCUACUGGACAGGCCUGAGGGAGCCCAUGCAGCCCCCCAGCCAUCCCUGGAGUGGGACCCCGCCCACUGGCCCCCAGGGAGGGGCGGGCUCCAGCGGAGGCCAGCCCUGGCCUGGGAGGCACCCGGGCGCUCCUGUUCCGAGUCCACCCUCUACCCCAUGCCUGUCCUCGUCCCCUUGGCAGUGGCCCCGAAGGAGAGCCACCGGACCUCAGCCCAAGCCCUGUUCCCCUUUGAGGCGUCACUGCUCACCUCAGUGGCCAGGAGGAAGCAUCGCCGCUGGCAGUCCACCGUGGAGAUCUCGGCCCGGGCCCGCCUGGCCGGCUGUCCUGAGUCUAACCUGGGGCCCCCCAGGCCCGUGGCCAGGAGAGCAGGUGGCCCACUGGCUCGGGGCCGGCCCUCACUGGUCCGCCAGGACGCCUACACCAGGAGCGACUCAGAGCCCUCCAAGCACUCGGCCGAGUGUGACCCGCGGUUCCCGUCAGUCAUCCCGGAGACCAGCGAGGGAGAGUCCAGUGACCACACCACCAACCGAUUCGGAGACCAUGAGUCCAGCAGCAGCGACGAGGAGGGCGGCGCCCAGGGCAGGGACUGUGACCUGGCCCUGGGCUAUGUGGCGGCCGGGCAUGCGGAGCUGGCCUGGACCCAGGAGGUCCUGGUCAGCUCGGGGCCACUCCUGUCCCCCGUGCCCAAGCUGUGCCGUAUUAAGGCCUCCAAGGCCCUGAAGAAGAAGAUCCGCAGAUUCCAGCCGACGGCCCUGAAGGUCAUGACCAUGGUGUGAGGCGCAGUGACUGCGUCAAGAGAAGCCUGCUGCACACAGGGGCCCUUUCCGUGCAGUGUCCUGUGCAUGUCUGGGUUUCGGUGUCGUCUUGCCAAGUCGCUUUAUCUUCUGAGGCCACCGUUUAACAGGAGUCCCCGCAGAUGGGUUCUGCCCUGUGGAGUACGGCCGUGAGUCCCCGCCCCAGCAAAGACUUCCAUGCGGAGCUCUGGUUUCAGAUGCCAGCAGCCUCCCCGGCCGGCCUAGUGUCUCUUUUCAAGCUCUGCCCAGGAUGCUGCUUCCCAGCAUGCACCUCGUUUCCAUGUUGUCAUCCUCCCGUGGCUUCCCCUGCCCUCACUCCCCUCUGGCUGGGGAAGUGUUUCCCAAUCCUUUGACCAUUCCUCCCCAAAAGCAUUUUAAAGAGGCGGUUGCAGGACUCUGAGCUGGAAAUUGAAUUUGAGUUUAAACUCCACGUUAAGCUGUCAGCAUACACAAACACCCAAAUUAUGCCAUGAUCUCAAAUAAAAGGAACAUUUUUUUCCCCUCUUUUAA